AAUUGAAUUUCUCAAAGAUGUCAGUGUACUUUAACAAGUUUGCCCCAAAACAAAGAACUAGAGUUCAGAUGCAAGUGCAGAUUCAGCAUAGCAGGUGACUGAAAACAGUUUACCUUGUGUUAGUAUGCAACCCAAUUCUCAAAGCUCCACCCCAACUGCGCUGUGUAUGUAGCAAACAGGGUUUGGCUAUGUGCUGUCAAAUAUUUACUUAAGCUUCAACAUCAGUAAGGUGGAGCAGGAUGAAGUCCGGAUCUUGGGGCUUCUGGUUUUCUUCGCAGCUCGAAAAUCAUUAAUGGAGAGAUUAAUGAAAACACUUUUAUGAAUCAUGGGUUUCCAUACACUGCACAAAUACAUCUGCGUGUUUGGUCUCAGUAUGCAGAUCGUCUGGGCUUUAGACGAGGUGACGCUCCUGAAUCCUCCGGAGGAGCCUCUGCCGGAUCAUCUUUUGGAAAUACUCUACGCUUGUGCCGAACUUGCCACAGUACAGCUGGACUGUGUUGUGUCUUUUGAAACUGGCAUCACUUCGACACUCCUGCUGAGACAGUGGAGCUGCGUCCCCGGUCACCCUAAAGUAAAGACCCUGCAGCUGAACCUGCCGGAUUGGUUGGUGUAUCGAGCUGAUGGGAUUAUUCCAGACUCCCAGGGGGUGCUGAGUUGCAUCCUUCUAGCGUCAGUCAGAUACAGUGGAUUUGAUGACACUGAGAGCUCUGUGGCAGCUCAGGAUGAGGCAACGUUGUGGCCUAAACCUUUUUUUAGUCGACCUGUAAAACAGCAUCAACUGUGCAUUUCCUGGAGUACAGAAAUGCUGCAAUUAACUCAACUGUUUUCAAAGAAGCAAUGUCCUUUGGAGCAAGAAACGGUGCAUCUCCUGUCUUCGAUGUAUGGCUCGACUGGAGAAAGCUUUGGUAUCACAAAGACACUAAACCCUUACAGCGCUGAGCUUCUGGAGUAUUCGCGUGUUAAAACCAUCUCUUCCCCAUGGUGUAUGUUCUCCAUGUGGAUAUUUGUCACCAGACACUGCCAGGAGAAGCUGUGUGGUUUGCUCUACCGUAUAGACUCCCAUAAUAACUAUGUCACACCAACACUGUUCCUCAAAAAAUCAGGCCAGCUAUACAUCCAGAUGGAUGGAGAGUCCGAGGGAGCCUCUGCAUUCACCCCUGCAUUCAAGGUGCCUUUAAGUGAGUGGUGCCAAAUCAGUGUGAGGCUGCGCGGUAGAAUGGUGACUGUCUCCAUGGUGUGCGUGAAUAACGAGCAGAGAACGGUCCAUUCGAUAGUACAAAUGUUGGAGCAUAUCGUCGUGCUGGAUGACACUGAGGGAUAUUUUGUGAUCGGUGGAGGGAAAUACAUAAGAGGUGUGGAAGGUUAUUUUGGGCCUGUGGUUUACUACCGCAACCAAAUACCAUCCGACAGCAUGGAUGACGUUGUUGUUCCAGAUGUUAUCAGGACUGUGAACCUGACAGGCUGGCUGCAUACCUGUCAAGAAUUCCGUCUGGAGAUGGAUGUUAAAAUCAGGGGCUAUUCUCUCCAGGCCCAACAGGGGACAGAGUCUGAGACUUGUUUCGAUGCUUUCCAUGAGUGGAUGGUGAAGGACAGACGGCCGUCAAAGACACAGUGUGAGCUGUGGGAGACGACUGUCCCUCAUAGGAGACAAGCUGCAAAACUGGCCAAGUUUUUGGUUUUCAAACAUGGAGAAAGGCGAGCUAGCCUGCCAGCUGUGGGCAGAGCCCUGUACUCCUUAUCGCUUCAUAAGCUGAGCAGAGCGAGCAACACUGGAGUGGUCAGCAGAAUAUUGCCUCUGCUGCUCCAAGCCGGCUGCUUAGCUGAUAACCGAGCUCUGCACAUGUCGUCAGUGCUCUACAGUGCUGGCCUGGGAGUUGAGGAACAGCCCAAUAAGGCCUGGCUCCUGGCCCUGCUGGCAGCCCAGAAGGAUGAGCGAUUAGCACUCCUGCAUCUCGGGCACCUGCACCACCAGGGUCUCCAUGGCCUCCUCACAGACCCGGACUUGGCCUACGCCUAUUAUGCAAACAUAGCUCAACAGACAAUUCUAGACCGUCACAAUCCCACACCACAGCAGACAUUUGUUGAGGCCGUUUACCUGAACAAUGAUGAGGUGUUGAAUCUCCAGACCAGGGAAGACCAUCAUAUCUUCCAAUGGCUGAAACUGCAGGCAGGCAGGGGAGCAGCUGACGCCGAGCAAGCUGUUGCCCGCAUGCUGUUCUGGGGUCAGCAGGGAGUGUCUCCAGACAUCCAGAAGGCUGUGAGACACUACGAAAGGGGAGCUGUCAAGUGGGAGGACCCAGUGUCAAUGUAUGACUAUGGCAUAGUCCUGCUACAGGGGCAAGGGGUUGAAAAGGACAUUCCAAAAGCUCUCACUUUCCUGAAGAAAGCAAUGGACCAGGACUUUGUUCCUGCAAUCAGUGCCCUGGCCUGGUACUAUGAGCACUUUGAGCAAGACUACGAGCAGGCGGUGCAGCUGUGGGAGCGGGCGGACCUCCUGGAGUCAUCAGACGCUGCUUUGAAUCUCGGUGUCAUGUACUCACAGGGCUUGUAUCCAGGAAAAGCUGCAGACCAGUGUACGGCCUAUCGGUACUAUCGGAAGUCUGCAGAGAGAGGCCACAUCAGGGCAGCGAUUCUCCUCGCCAGCAUCUGGAUCACUGGGAUACCUGGAUGCGUCAACAGACGUCCAUCAGAUGCACUUUUGUGGGCAAAGUGGGCAGCAGAGCACAACGGAUACCUGGGCAGCAUCUUGCGGAAGGCCUUGGAUUCAUAUCUCAAGAGUGACAUGUUCAGCUCACUGUUAUAUUACAUGAUGGCUGCUGAGUCCGGGUACUCACCUGCCCAAUUCAAUGUGGCAUAUCUAUGUGAACAAAAUAUGUUCGAUUUUCUGGAUCCUUCUUUUGCAUCAAACUGUAUGUGGAGAUAUUACAACCUUACACUCCAAAGUCAAAAUCCUGACAUCUAUGCCUUGAUUAGGAUGGGUGACCUGUUGUAUGAAGGGCAAAGAGACGGGCAGAAAGACUUGUUUUCUGCAGCAGCGAUGUACACUCUGGCAGCACUGAGGAACGAGCCACAGGGAUGGUACAACCUUGGCCUCCUUGCCGAGGAGGGUUACAGGCUGCCGCUGUCAGUAUUGAUUGACCUUGGCCUUUCUGAGCUGUACCUGGCAGACAACAGUUUGCUCCUAAGCACUUUGUACAAAAGAUGCAGAGACUCAGAGGAUACCGAUUCAUACUUGCCUUGCAGCCUCGCCCUCUUCAAUGUGUAUCUUCGAUCGUUCCAAAAGGACUAUAGUGCUGCUAUUAAGUUCUCCACUGCUGUCGCCGUGGUUGCAGCUCCAACGGCAUUCUUAAUCAUCCUUGGCGCGCUCAGGAGACACGUCCCGUCUCCCAACUAGAAGAUUCUUCGUAGGAUCGUCAGUGCAACAAAUUCAGGGACUAAACCAAGUCAACCUGUACGGCAACAGCAUUAACACAUGUCGUGCUAGUUUACAUAUGUUAACUAUGGGAUCACUGUAAAGAACAAAUGUGAAUGGUGUUAAGUCUGGAGAGUUUUGGGUUUGUAAGUUUCUUACUGUUUAACGCACAUAUUGAUUUUUUUUGUGAAAAGAAUGCUUGGUUGAACAAUAAAGAGUCUGAAUAGGUAACACUACAUUUGCAGUGUUACCUAUUUCAAGAGACUUCUGGUGGAAGUUAUUCUUGGACCUCGUUUUGUCUCCCAGUGUGAUGAUUCCUUUACUCCGUGGUGUUCUUUAGAGUGGAUGACUUACAAAAUUCAAAUCAUUGAUGCCCAGGUGCAGCCUCAGGUUUCCUGUUUUCAAUCACUUUUGUCAGGACAGAUUUCCAACUGUUUUAAAGGUCAACAUUCAAUCUUAUAGAAAAAGAAAGAGAGUUAUUCAUAAUAGCAUCACACUUACAAGUCUUCAAACCUGGCAGGCAAUAAGAGAGUUAGAUGGUGUCUUUCCUGCCUCCAAUACACUGAUUAUGCUCUGAUAGAUGAUUUAAGGUAGCGCAAGAUAGGGACACUUCUUUCUUUGGUCUUCAGAAGUCAGAUGUUUAGUCUUUGUGCCAAACUUUUUAUUGUUGCCUAUGUGUUGACAAGCAUAAUAAAUAUAUUGUUCAA